CUUAAAUGUUUUCGCAGCUCGUCACGGCGGCAAAGGGCUUAUUUACUCGACCGGACACCGACUUGAAGAGCACGUUUCUCAAAUCCCGUGACAGCGAAUCGAACAGCGUUAGCGCCGAUCUGACGCCGAAAAUGGUCACAGCCACUAGACGCCGGAAAUUUACCGCCGAGCAGUCCGCGGAGCCUGAAGUUAAGGGUGGUGCUGCUGCUCGCUCGAUCGAAACCAACGGCAAGCGCAAAUCCGAGCAACAGCCCGUCAAUUCGGAAGCCAACUCUCAAAAAUCAAACAAUAAGAACAACAAGCGGAGAAAGCGGGAUAACUUGGAGGCCGUGCAGGAACCGGAGGACGAUAUGGCUACGGCUACUAGCAACAAAAAGUCGAAGGUGAUGGAGGACGAUAGUGAGGUUGAAGAGGAGACGACGCCGGUCGCUGUUGUCCCCAAGGCGAAGAAGAAGCAUUUCCGAUUCGAUAGCGAGGAACCUGAAGUGCCGCAGUUGGAGGAGGAGGUUGCGGAGACGCCGCAGGGUGUGGACGAGGACGAGGAGGAUAGCAGCGAUGAUGAUGAGGCUCCUGAGACUGUCGAUAACUCCGCGCAAUUGUCGAAGAUGCGGAUGGAGGCGAAGAGACAGGAAAGGGCCAAGCAAAUAGAAGAGCAAUUGAAGCGAGAAAAGAGGAAACAACUGGACGGUAUGCGCAAACUGCAGGCGAAGUCCGCCAACAAGAAACGAGAGGCCGAGGAUCAGCUGUCAGAAAGCACCGAAACCCUUCAGGGUACCACGACCGAAAGUGCCCGGAGGUCUGCGCUCCCUGCUCUCCUGCCCGAUGAUAUCCUGGAUGCGGCCCCCGACGUGCGGCCUCCGACCCCUCCCGCUGAAGAAAUCGGCAUUGUGCGACCCAAGCCCACCAAAUUGAGAUUUUUGGACAAGAAAGAGAAAGCCCCGAAGGACUUGCAGAUGGGCGACGUCACUAUCCGUGUGCUGGAUGGAGAUGUAUCACGGAAGAAGUCGAAGACGACGCUUCCGCCCAAGUCCGCCAAGGUCAGUCAAAAUGCGAGACAAGCUUGGCUGAAUGGAGCUCGCAGUACGGCCAGGGUGAACGGGUUGAGACGAGCGGCUGGCGGUUCCUCGAGUUUUGUGCGCAAAUAGCAGGUCUUUGGCGCGCUUAACUCCGUCUCGUAGUAGAGGUUGUAAUGAUGACAAAAGUAUAUCCUAUGUUCAUUUUCCUGUCCAUAUGUCGGUGACUUCACUUCUGAUCUCUGGCGAUCACCUUGGGCGCUUUAUGUUCCUAGCAUAGUCCAGCUGGGAAUGAAAGUAUCGGAAUCAUGC